AUGGACGCCGGUUCUGUAAUUCUCGGCAGUUUGGUUUUGGUGCAAAUGAGCGGUAUCCUAGUACUGCUGAAUCCAAUUUAUGACGUCAGAAAGGUAACCAGAUGUAUGAAUAAUCUCAUUAGGAAGCACAGGACUUUUUACUUCCUCGGCAUAGCAGGCUAUUUCAUAUGCGUUGUAUAUCUUGGUAUGUACAUUCCAUUGCAAAACAUUCAUUACCUCAUAUCACAGAAAAAUCCUGACGAAUUAGAAAAAUUAAAUUUACUAAACAGAAUCGAGAAGAAUUAUUUAAUCGCUGGAUUCUCUCUUUUUUUGUUCGUCGUUUUAUAUGGCAUAAGAGCACUGAUAUCAUACGCUUCUAGUCUAUUGGAAAUAUCGGUUGCAACAAGUGAAUCUAUAAUGAUGUCGAAGUCAUCGAAAACAGAAAAGAAGGGCUUUUUCCUACCAAAUAAUAUUUUACCAAAUUUAUUAAGAGUGAAAAGGUCGGUUUCAUACGAGACCAUUUUAUUUGCAAACGAGCUCCGCGAGCAACUUAAGAUGAUAUUAAGAAACGUUGAAUUUCCACACAAUAGCUACGCCAUUUCAAAUAUCUUAGAAACCAACAUAAAAAGAGUUUGUUCCAGCUAG